UCUUACCUCCGCUCCACUUUCAGAUUUUCUGCAAUAAAUUUUGAUAAUCCUGCAGCRGUUCACGUGAAUCCGAAGAAGAAGAAGAACAGAGCCUUCCUUUCAGUGCCUCAAUUGGAGAUCAUGAAGAUUCAAAUGGCUUUUACUGUAGCUUGGAUUCUGCUUUCCGCGGCAUGGAUUUCAAUGGCCGAUUCGAGAGCUUGCGAUUUUCCGGCAAUUUACAACUUCGGCGAUUCGAAUUCAGACACCGGCGGAAUCUCGGCGGCAUUUUACCCGACCAUACUGCCCUGCGGCGAGACGUUCUUCCACAAAGCCGCCGGACGAGGCUGCGAUGGCCGCCACAUAAUCGAUUUCAUUGCGAAUCAUCUCGAAUUGCCCUACCUAAGCGCGUACCUCAAUUCGAUCGGAGCGAACUUCCGCCACGGCGCGAACUUCGCGACCGGUGGAUCGACGAUUCGGCGUCAGAACGAAUCGGUGUUCUUGAACGGAGCGAGUCCGUUCUCGCUCGAUAUUCAAGUCGUGCAGUUUCGUCAGUUCAAGAAUCGUACCAUCGAUCUCUACCGCGAAGCGACUGCGGAGAAAUCCAUUAGAAGCACUCUCCCCGUACCGGAAGAUUUCUCGAAGGCUCUUUUCACCAUGGAUAUCGGCCAGAACGAUCUGGUCGCCGGAUUCCGGAAAAUGACGAACGAACAACUUCGAUCGGUGAUUCCGGAUAUAAUCGGAGAAUUUGCAACCGCUGUCGAAGAUCUAUAUAAAGAGGGGGCGAGGGCAUUUUGGGUACACAACAGUGGGCCCAUUGGCUGCAUUCCGGUGGCGAUUCGUAGUUCAGUUCCGGGGGACCUUGACAAGAACGGCUGCGUCAAGUACCAAAACGACGCCGCUGCGGAGUUCAACACACAGCUCAAAGAACGACUCCUCCAACUCAGAGCAAAUCUCUCCGAUGUUUCUCUCGUAUAUGUGGAUGUGUUUGCAGCUAAGACCAAACUCAUCUCUAAUGCAAAGGAGGAAGGGUUUAGGGAGACGGGGGCAAUAUGUUGUGGGUAUCACGAGGGCUAUAAUCACGUGUGGUGCGGGAACAGAGCAGUCAUAAACGGCAGCGACGUGUACGCUGGAUCUUGUCCUGAUCCUUCCAAAUUUAUCAGCUGGGAUGGGGUCCACUAUACGGAAGCUGCAAACCGUUGGAUCGCCGAUCGGAUUCUCCACGGCUAUUUUUCGGACCCACAAGUUCCCAUCACACACGCUUGCCGUAGAUUUUCAGAAGGCUGAUUGGAUUUCAACGGCUGUGAUUAGUUGACACAGUCUCGUUUUUUUAGUAUAAGAUAUGAGCUGAAAGCGGAACUCCUGAAUUAGUCGAGAUAGGUGUCUAAAUUGGUUAAAGGUUAAGACUUGCUUCAUAACAAAUUAAAUGGAGACUAAUAAAAUAUUGGUUAAAAUACUGCUUUGGUCUUUGAC